AUGGAGAGCAACAGCAGCCUGAAUCCUUUAUACUUUCAGCUCACUCUGUUUGCAGACUAUGGGCCCUUCAGAUAUCUGUUCUUCAGUCUGUGUCUGUUGGUCUACAUGACUAUAAUCUCUGCUAACAUUGUCAUUGUUGUCACAGUCUGCCUACACAAGUCCCUGCAUCAGCCCAUGUUCAUUUUCAUCUGCAGUCUGUCUUUUAACUCUCUGUAUGGCUCAGCUGGCUUCUUCCCCAGGUUUCUGAUGGACAUUCUGUCUGACACUCAUUUGAUCUCACGUCCAUUGUGUUUCAUUCAGAUGUAUGUUAUUUCCACCUAUGCAGCAUUUGAGUUUACCAUCCUCGGUGUCAUGGCCUAUGACAGAUUUGUGGCUAUUUGCCAGCCCUUACACUAUCACAGUAAAAUGACGUUAAGGAUGGUGCAACAUCUUUUGGUCUUUGCCGUGUUCUACCCUGCACUUGCAUGUGGGUUUUGUCUCUAUCUUACUGUUCGAUUACCGUUGUGUGGAAAUAAACUGCACAAGCUUUUCUGUUCAAACUGGCCGGUGGUGCAGCUCUCUUGCAUGGACACAACUGUGAACAACAUAGCAGGUCAGCUUGUUACGAUGUCAACCAUCUUCAUCCCCCUAUUCUACAUCCUGUACACUUACCUGCGCAUUCUGCUCGUCUGCAGGAGAAGCUCAUCUGAAAUCAGAGGAAAGGCUGCACAAACGUGCCUUCCUCACAUAGUGACAUUAAUUAACUAUACUCUAUCUAUAUUCUGUGACAUGUCAUUGAGGCGAAUUGAGGCUGAUAAAAUGAAUCCAGUGUUGACAGUUGUUUUGUCUUUAGAGUAUUUAACCAUUCCACCCAUCAAUAACCCUCUAGUUUACGGCCUGAGUCUGCCUCAAAUAAAAGGAGUGAUUUUUAGAUUUUUUAAGAAAAGUCCUGCUGCCAAAAUGUAA